AUGGCCCACCAGACCCGGUGUGGCCGGUUUGUUGCUACCAUCUGUAGGACACUCACUGAUGGCAUUGAAAGAGACAACAUAGCAUGGUCAACACGACGUGAAGUAGAGGUGAUUCAAAACGCCCGUGAAAACGAAAUGACUCAGAUUGAAACUAGUGUUCCCUUCGCAUUCAUGGAUUUUCUGCGACAAGAAAGUACGGAACAAACAAUAUCUUCACCUCUUCCCAACCUCUCUGACCAUGUGGACAUGCGGGCAACUCCCGUCGGCAAAGAUGUGAUAGUUGGCCUGCAAUCGUCUCAACGAGUCAUUGUUGGAGUUUUACUAUAUUGUGGAAGACGAAGAGUUGAGUUUGUAGAGGUUCUAACAUUGACGAAGAUCUACUGGAACCCAAGCUGCUAA